UAUUAGAAAGUUUAGGAGGAAGAGGAGCAAAGAGUAUACGUGUUUGGAAUAUGAUAAGGAGGACAGGGGUGAUGCUGAGUCUGACAGUUCGUGGUAGACGUAGAUCGCUUGAUGACUUCAAACGCAAGCUCGGCAGAUUCGAGGAAAAUAUGCGGUUGAUUUUUGAUUCAGACAUCAAGGAAUCCAACAUCUGUAGUUUAUUGCUUCACUACUUGCUCGGAGAUUUGCAACUGGUUAUGGAUAUCACUGAUUCCAUUUUAGAGAAUCUGAGGCGUCUUUGCACCAGAAAUUACAGGGAUGAUGGAGCUCUGCAAAGUGUAAUGGGAACCCUUCAAGAGAAGCUAAUGUUCUUGAAGAGUUUCAUUUGCUUUGCAACACUACAAGGUGUUAAGGGUCAGCAAUUAGUAGAUCUGUUAGUUCACAUUGAAGUUGUGGCCAUUAAUGCUGCAAGCCUGAUCUCUACAUCUUGGUUUCAGAGAAAUGAUGAACGGGUGUGCAAUGAGAUGGAAUCUGAAAUUUCUCAACUGAUACAAAAGAAGAUUGAUCCCGUUGAUCUCCAAGUCCGAGAAACUUAUAUCCACGUCUUGACAGCUUCCAAGUUGUCACCAUCAUCACACACUUUAGCCCUGGAGAAGAAUAAGCACCUAGUGGCCGAAUUUAUUGAUCAUCUUUUACAUAUUAUUAUGGAGCUAACAGAAUCUUACACCAGUUUCUUGCUUCCGGUGAAGGAUCAAUUACUAAAACUCUAUGAGGGAGCAAGAUUCCUGAGUGUCCUUCUCAGCCAGCAGCACGAGAAGUUCGAUGAGCUAAAUGAUGAAAUGAAGGAUCUUAUUGGAUUUGUGGUCUGUGAUGCUGGAAUUGUGAUUUUCUCCCUUUAUAAGAGUGAAAUGACAGAAAGCUUGCCCAAGGAAAUAGAUCUUGUGGCUUCUCAUUCGCUCGAACUGCUCAAGCUCAUUAUUCCAGAAAUUGAACAGAUUUGUCCACUACAACCACCAUCAUCAUCAAUUAGUUUCCCUAGGACUAAUGAGCUGGGCUCUAUUGAUUUUCUUUUAGAAACUCUCAAGGAACUGGAAAAUUCUACAGCUAAUUCAAUUGCUUUCCCAAAUAAUCAAAUCCACACAGUUCGUGAAGAUCUUGAUUUCUUAAGACCUUUCCUAGGCAAGAUUGCAGAGCAGUGAAAGCGGAAUGAAAAACUCCAAGCUCUGUGGAGUCGUAUUAUUG